CACCAUGGCGCCGGAUUUCCCAAGUCUCCCUUCUGAGCUUUUGUUGCUGAUACUUGAGUAUAUCCACACUUUGCCGAAUGCGACCCCAUCUUUAGCAUCCUUGUGCCUGACGUCUCAACGCAUUCGGAGCCUGGCCGAGCCAUUUCUCUAUGCGUCGUAUUCGAACGCAAAUCAGAUUGACAAGCCACACAUAUUCCCUUUAAGUCUGAUCAGUCGACCUGACCUUGCCGAUCAUGUACGAGAAAUAAAUAUACGCGUAGAAGGCGGGGUGAAUCCCAUGCCAGAAGACACAUUUCGCCACCUGCGGAAAGCUAUCGACGAGCUAGAUGUUCCAGAGUCGCUGCUAGACUAUUGGAAAAAGCUACUUGCCAGUAUAGGGAUAUUCAGAGCCGCUGCCUGUGCAGAAUUGUCAUUGCUUCUAGCCUCGCGCAAAGUACAGAACAUCUCUCUGCAAUUAAGCAGUUUGCACGAAUUCUCCCUAAUUAGCCAUAUUCUGUUCGAAACUCCCAACUGGCCAGGCAGAUUUGACCAAGUUCACUCCGUCUCAGUCGUCUCCUUACCUGGUACAUUCGACCUGCAUCUUUACAGUCUUGCGUACAUGUUCAGCAUGCCAAGCCUGCGGCGCUUCGAGAUCACGGGCUGUCAUGAACGAUCUCUUGGUCGGUCUCUAGGUUGGAAUAGCAAAGGCGAUCUCCAAAUGGACCUUGGCUGGUGGCGCCGGGUGCAAGAUUCUGGCGUGGAAUCGAUCAUCAUUCGGAAAGGUGGGGUCCCCCAUUACGCAGUCAACGUUCUACUCAAUUGCUGCAAGGCGUUGAAGUGCCUCCACGUAGAGGUGGAUCUCCCCUGGUCUGAAUGGGCGUUAUUUCAGUUCUUCCGGUUAGAAGAUGCACUGUGCCGCCAUGCAAAAUCCUUGGAAUAUCUGGCAAUCUCUCAAGAUCAGGACAACAGGAAAAGGCAGGAAGAGCCAGGUUUUCGUCACAGUGGCAUUCUAUCAUUUCUGCCCAAACUCUGCAAGCUGAAAUCAGCCGUUGCACCACUUCGCGCUUUGACCGCGAUCCCGGAAGUUGGAUCCAUUGAGAUUGUCCACAGCGAGGAUGGUUCGACAGGGGAGUUCUUUGACGACGCCGAGAUUAGAAAGUACUUGCCACCGUUCCCAGGAAAAAUUUCGAUCUGUAACGAAGAGGUGCACUACGGUGCCACAACGCACCUUUUAGAACUCGCUUAGGGUACCGUGUUACGGAUGCGUGCGUACUGUGUUCGUUAGUGGGCCCUUCACCGCCCAACAGAAGCCCAUUUCGAUCUUCUGGAAAAUCCAAUCUCAUGGAAGGGAGGCGACACAGCGUGCGAUGCAGAUAUUUGCGAUCAUGGCGGGAUCUUGCAG